AUGGAAAUAAAACAAAUAUUUGACAUGGUUAUUACCCUGGAAGGCCGACUGGGAUCUCAGCAUCUGCUGCUUUCGCUUCUGAUCCUCACAGCCUGGAAGGCGGGGAGCGGCCAGGUCCGCUACUCGGUCCCGGAGGAGGCCAAACACGGCACCUUCGUGGGUCGCAUCGCCCAGGACCUGGGGCUGGAGCUGGCGGAGCUGGUGCCGCGCCUUUUCCGACUGGCGUCCAAAGGCCACGGGGACCUUCUGGAGGUAAAUCUGCAGAAUGGCAUUUUGUUUGUGAAUUCUCGGAUCGACCGGGAGGAGCUGUGUGGGAGGACUCUGGAGUGCAGCAUCCAUCUGGAGGUGAUCGUGGACAGACCGCUGCAGGUUUUCCAUGUGGAGGUGGAGGUGAAGGACAUUAACGACAACGCGCCGGUGUUUCAUUUAAAGGAACAAAGAGUGCGGAUUUCCGAAUCAAGGCUACCAGACUCUCUGUUUCCACUAGAGGGCGCGUCAGAUGCGGACGUUGGCUCAAACUCCAUCUUAACCUAUAAAUUAAGUUCUAGUAAAUACUUCGCCCUAGAUGUGAAAACAAACAGUGAUGACAAUACACAGAUUGGGCUCGUAUUAAGGAAAUCCUUGGACAGAGAGGAAGUUCCCGAACAUAACUUACUGCUGACAGCCACUGACGAAGGCAAACCUGAGCUCACUGGUACUGUUCAGGUGUUGGUCACUGUGCUGGACGUGAAUGACAAUGCUCCCAGUUUCGAACAGACUGAAUAUGAAGUAAGGAUCUUCGAAAACUUGGGUAACGGAACAGUAGUAAUCAGACUGAAUGCUUCUGAUCGCGAUGAAGGAGUGAAUGGGGAGAUUUCUUAUUCUUUUAAUAGUCUUGUUCCAGCCAUGGUUGGUGACCAGUUUAGAAUAGAUCCAAAUACUGGAGAAAUAGUAACUAAAGGGAAUUUAGAUUUUGAAAAAUUAAAUUUAUACAAAAUUCGUGUUGACGCGACAGACAAAGGUCACCCACCCAUGGCUGGUCAUUGCACUGUUGUAUUGAGAGUUUUGGAUAUAAAUGAUAAUGUCCCCCAGAUUGCAUUGACCUCCUUAUCCUUGCCUAUCCGAGAGGACGCUCAAUUAGGUACUGUUAUUGCCCUAAUCAGCGUGUCCGACCGUGACUCUGGCGCCAACGGGCAGGUGACCUGCUCACUAGCACCCCAAGGCCCCUUCAAGCUGGUGUCCACCUUCAAGAAUUACUAUUCGCUGGUGCUGGACAGCGCCCUGGACAGAGAGAGCGUGGCGAACUACGCUCUGGUAGUGACCGCACGCGACGGAGGCUCGCCUUCGCUGUCGGCCACGGCCAGCGUGUCCGUGGAGGUGGCCGACGUGAACGACAACGCGCCGGCAUUCGCGCAGCCCGAGUACACGGUGUUCGUGAAGGAGAACAACCCGCCCGGCUGCCACAUCUUCACGGUGUCGGCGCGCGACGCCGACGCGCAGGAGAACGCGCUGGUGUCCUACUCGCUGGUGGAGCGGCGCGUGGGCGAGCGCGCGCUGUCGAGCUACGUGUCGGUGCACGCGGAGAGCGGCAAGGUGUACGCGCUGCAGCCGCUGGACCACGAGGAGCUGGAGCUGCUGCAGUUCCAAGUGAGCGCGCGCGACGCGGGCGUGCCUCCCCUGGGCAGCAACGUGACGCUGCAGGUGUUCGUGCUGGACGAGAACGACAACGCGCCCGCGCUGCUGCCGCUGCCCGGGGCGCGCGGCGGGGGCGGCGCGCUGAGCGAGCCAGUGUCGCGGGCGGUGGGCGCGGGCCACGUGGUGGCCAAGGUGCGCGCGGUGGACGCGGACUCGGGCUACAACGCGUGGCUGUCGUACGAGCUGCAGCCGGCGGCGGGGGGCGCGCGCAGCCCGUUCCGCGUGGCGCUGUACACGGGCGAGAUCAGCACGACGCGCGCCCUGGACGAGGCGGACGCGCCGCGCCAGCGCCUGCUGGUGCUGGUGAAGGACCACGGCGAGCCGGCGCUGACGGCCACGGCCACUGUGCUGCUGUCGCUGGUGGAGAGCGGCCAGGCGCCCAGGCCGUCGUCGCGGGUGUUGGCGGGCGGCGCGGGCGCGGGCGCGGGCGCGGCGCUGGUGGACGUCAACGUGUACCUGAUCGUCGCCAUCUGCGCGGUGUCCAGCCUGUUGGUGCUCACGCUGCUGCUGUCCACGGCGCUGCGGUGCUCGGCGCCGCCCAGCGAGGGCGCGUGCGGGCCGGGGAAGCCCACGCUGGUGUGCUCCAGCGCGGUGGGGAGCUGGUCGUACUCGCAGCAGAGGCGGCAGAGGGUGUGCUCUGGGGAGGGCCCGCCCAAGGCCGACCUCAUGGCCUUCAGCCCCAGUCAUCCACCCUGCCUAGUAGUGGGUGAUAUGAAUGAGCAUCAAGAUUUAAAUGAUGAGCGUUGUACCAAGGUGAGUCUGAAUUUUCAUAAUUAA